ACGGCGGGGCAGGUGCUGGCGGGGCGGGGGCGCGGAGCCCGCGGACCCCGCAGCGACCGCCCGGGCGCCGUCCGCAGCCGCCACCGCGGCCGUAAGCGCCCCCGCCUCCCGGGGGUACCGCGUACCGUUAUGAAGCGGUGUCGGUCGGACGAGCUGCGGCAACCCGAAGAGGAUCCCGGUGCCGCGGGGGAACCGCCCGGCCCCGUCGCCAUGGAGGCCAAGUCCGGAGAGGGGGCGGCGGCUCCUGAAGCGGGCGUCGUCCCGCCGCCGCCACGCACCAAGCCCCCCGAUCUGAAGAAAAUCCAGCAGCUGUCCGAGGGUUCCAUGUUCGGCCACGGCCUCAAGCAUCUGUUCCACAGCCGCCGGCGGUCGCGGGAGAGGGAGCAGCAGAGCUCGCAGGACUCGCUGCCGCCGCCGCCGCCGCCGCACCACGGCGCCUCCGACCACGACUCCCCCGACGAGAAGGAGAGGUCCCCGGAGAUGCACCGAGUCUCCUACGCCGUGUCCUUGCACGACCUCCCCGCUCGCCCCACAGCCUUCAACCGGGUGCUGCAGCAGAUCCGCUCCCGGCCGUCCAUCAAGCGCGGCACCAGCCUGCACAGCGGCAGCCGUCGGGCCAAGAGCGGCUCCCUGGAGCCCCAGAAGGGAAGCCCCCACCUCAUCCGUAAGGCCCCCCAGGACAGCAGCCUCACGGCCAUCCUGCAUCAGCACCAGGGGCGCCCCAGGUCCUCCUCCACCACCGACACUGCCAUCCUGCUGGCCGAGAGCGGAGCUGUCUACCUGCUCACCGAGGACACCGAGGGCCUGGCCGAGAAGCUGGACAAGGGGGACGUGACCGCACUCAACCUACCCUCCGGCCCCACCGGGCAUGGCGACGCCGAUGGCACCAUCUGCCUGGACGUCCCCGAUGGCACCCCUGACCCUCACAGGACGAAAGCCGCCAUCGAGCACCUGCACCAGAAGAUCCUCAAGAUCACCGAGCAGAUCAAGAUCGAGCAGGAGGCUCGGGACGACAACGUGGCCGAGUACCUGAAGCUGGCCAACAACGCCGACAAGCAGCAGGCGUCGCGCAUCAAGCAGGUGUUCGAGAAGAAGAACCAGAAGUCAGCCCAGACCAUCGCCCAGCUGCACAAGAAGCUGGAGCACUACCACAAGAAGCUGAAGGAGAUCGAGCAGAACGGCCCCACCCGGCAGCCCAAGGACGUCUUCAGGGACAUGCACCAAGGCCUCAAGGACGUAGGGGCCAACGUCCGCUCCAGCAUCAGCGGCUUCGGCGGCGGCGUGGUGGAAGGGGUCAAAGGAGGCCUCUCGGGGCUGUCCCAGGCCACCCACACCGCGGUGGUCUCCAAGCCGCGGGAGUUCGCCAGCCUCAUCCGCAACAAGUUCGGCAGCGCGGACAACAUCGCCCACCUGAAGGACACGCUGGACGACGGGCACCCGGAGGAGGCUGCGCGGGCACUCAGCGGCAGCGCCACCCUGGUGUCCAGCCCCAAGUACGGCAGCGAUGACGAAUGCUCCAGCGCCACCUCCGGCUCGGCUGGGGGCAGCAACUCGGGGGCGGGAGCCGGCGGCUUGGGGAGUCCCAAGUCUAACACCCUGGACAGCCACCACAACAACUUCGACACCAUCCUGGAGGAGCUGCGGGAGAUCAAGGACAGCCAAUCGCACCUGGAGGACUCCAUGGAGGACCUGAAGGCUCAGCUGCAGAGGGACUACACCUACAUGACGCAGUGCUUGCAAGAGGAGCGCUACAGGUAUGAGCGCUUGGAGGAGCAGCUCAACGACCUCACUGAGCUGCACCAGAAUGAAAUGACCAACCUGAAGCAGGAGUUGGCCAGCAUGGAGGAGAAGGUGGCCUACCAGUCCUACGAGAGGGCACGGGACAUCCAGGAGGCGGUGGAGUCCUGUCUGACGCGGGUGACCAAGCUGGAGCUUCAGCAGCAGCAGCAGCAGGUGGUGCAGCUGGAAGGGGUGGAGAAUGCCAACGCCCGGGCACUGCUGGGCAAGUUCAUCAACGUCAUCCUGGCCCUGAUGGCCGUGCUGCUGGUCUUCGUCUCCACCAUCGCCAACUUCAUCACGCCGCUGAUGAAGACUCGCAUGCGCAUCCUCAGCACCGCCCUGCUCGUCCUCUUCCUCUUCUUCCUCUGGAAGCAUUGGGACUCCAUCAGCUACUUUCUGGAGCACGUCCUGCUCCCCAGCUGAUCUGCAGCCCGAGCCACUGCUGCCCACUUUGGGUUGCCCACAGAGGAGAGGUGGUUGCAAAGCCUUUGGGUUGGCUCUUCACGCUGCUUUGGUUGGGUUGCUUCCUCCCCAGCUCUCCCCGCCCCAGAGCACGGUGGUGUUGGGGCUGGCAUCAGUCUGUGCCCCCCUGGGAUGUUUGGGAUGGGCAGGAUGGGGAAGGAGGAGGAGGAGUUUGGGUUAUUCAGGGGGCUCUGAGGUGGUUUUUUUUUCCCCUAGGAGUUUUUUGGAUGGUUUUCUAAAUGUCAUCCUGUUCUGGAAGUCUGUGGGAAAGAAGCCUUCUGCAGAGAGGUCUGCUGGUGGUGGUGAGAAGGAUUGAGCUGGACCAAACCUGGCUUCAAGAGAACUUUCUGGAGAGAGAGGGAGGAAGGGUUAGUUGGGGCUGGGGUUUGCCUUUUAUCCUUGAAGACCAAACUGGCAAAGAAACCCUCAGUCCCAGGAUAGAGUCGGAAGCAAAGCAGGUGGCAAAGAAGAAAGUGGGUCCAAAGCAAAGACAGCAGGAGGUGCACAUCCCACCAGCCUCUCCCAACCCCACCACAGCCCAGGCAGGACAGAGCAGGGCUGUGACACCAUCCCUGUGCCCCUACAGAGUCAGGACAAUGAAGCUGGGCAGACAGAGGGGACCCAACGCUGGAGACAGAUCCAGCCCAAGCAACAUCUCCUCAGCUGCAUUCCCUUCAUUGAUUGAUUCUCUCUCCUUCAGCUUUGAUCUGAUCUCUUCAGGGACACUUGGACUUGCCAGCAUCACACCUGCAGGCCUGACAGCCUCUGCACCAUGUCAUGUGUGUGUGUGUGUGUGUGUGUGGUUUUUAAUUUGACCCCCAGACUCUCUUCCCAUUUGUGAAUCAAAGUUGGUAGGACUGGGGAGGGGGAGGAAGGUAAGGAGCUGCCUUCUUCCCACCUCAGCCAGCCCUGCCCAAGAGCACAGCAUGCUGUCUCAGAUGGUUCUUAAAUGAUUUCCUACCUAUAUAUUUAUGUACUAUAGCUCUGCACACACACAAUAGAGAUAUAAAUAUAUAUAUAUAUAUAUAUAUAUAAAAGAAGUAUAUGCACAGGCAGAUCCUCCUCUGGUGCAGAUGCUGCUGCUCCACCACCCCCCUCAGAGGUCCUCAAUCAAUUUGCCUCAGAAUUUGGCCCUUUAA